ACCUCCCGCCUCCCCACCUUACCGGCGGCAGGCCCGGAUGGCGGCCACGGUCCUCCGUCCCCAACACCCCCGUCCCCGGGGCCGUGGGAACCGGGAGCCGGAGCAGAGGGACCCCACGCACCCGUUGCCACGAAAGAGAGUGCCACCCCUGUCCCUGCACGCUGUCCUGUGAGUCCGGCCAUGCCCAGCCCUGUCCGCCGCCCCCCCAGCGCCGCGGUGCCACUGGGGCUCCCCAUGAUCCCGGCGGAGGGUUCGGCGCUGCUGCGCGCCGUAUCCCAAGGGAAAUUCCGCCUGACCCGGCUGCUGCUGGAGGGGGGAGCCUACAUCAACGAAGGCAAUGCCGCGGGCACGACGCCGUUGAUGGCAGCGUGCCGUGCCGGCUACGCCGACCCGCCCGAGCAGCCGCGGAUGGUCCAGUACCUUCUGGAGAACGGCGCUGAUCCCAACAUUCCCGAUAAAUCCGGGAAGACGGCGCUCAUGCACGCCUGCGCCGAGCGCGCCGGCCCGGCCGUGGCCGCUAUGCUGCUGGCCCACGGCGCCGACCCCAGCGCCCGGGACUACGCGGGCGGCUCUGCGCUGCUUUACGCCUUGGAGCGCGGGGACCGGGAGACGCUGCAGGUGCUGCUGGACGCGUGUCGGGAGCGCGGGCGCGACGUCAUCAUCAUCACCUCGGCCACGUCUCCCCGCGGCACCAAGACCACCCGGCAGUACCUGAACUCGCCCCCGUCGCCCGCCCUCUGCGCGUCCCCCUCCCAGGUGCAGGUGCGAGCGGCGGCGUCGCCGGGUGCCAGCGCGAGGGACGAGGAGCGCGACGUCUUCCGCUUCCCACCUGCGGCUCCAGGCACCGCUUCGGAACCAUCCCGGGCCGUGCCCAAGCGGCAGCUGAAAAGGCUCAAUUCGGAGCCCUGGGGGCUGGCGGUGCCGGGAGCGGAGGGGAUGCAGGGAUACUCCGAGGGGACACAGGGAAGCCUGGAGGGGACACAGGGACCCCCAGAGGGAGCACGGAGAACCUUAGAUGAGAUAUGGGGACCUCCGGAGGGGACACGGAGACCCUUGGAGGGAACACGAGGCCCCUCAGAAGGUUCAUGGGGUUCCCCUGAGGGCCCACGGGGGCCCCUGGAAGGGACGGCAGCCCCCCUGGAGCAGCUGGCGGUGGGGCUGGAGGGGCUGCACUUGCGCCCGCGCCGGCACAGCGUGGAGGGGCGUGAGGUCUCAGGACUGCCAGGAGUCAGCUGGGCUGAACGGGUGCCCCCCGUCCCCACCCCAGGGCGUUGGGCCCCAGCCCCCGAUCCUCCACGGGGCAAACCCCUGCGCCGGGACCCCCCCAAUCCUGAGCUAGCCACCCCUGGGCCGCUCCGGCACCCGGCUGGGCUGCUGGAGCGCCGUGGCUCUGGAACGUUUCCCCUGGAGCCCCCCGGGCCGGGGAGGGCCGGGCUGCUGCCCCCGCUGCCCCCCCGAGCACUGCUCCGCCGGCAUUCCAUGCAGCCAGAGGCCUUGCGGCAUCUUGGGGCCUUCUGCGGGGGGCUGGGUCCCGAGCCUGGCUCUUAGGGGCCCCCUAGGGAUAUGGCGAACCCCCAAGCCCAGGACCCCUUCGGGAAGGCCUCACAUGGGUGGUGGCACUGUUUGCUCUGAACCCUGCUGUGGGUUAACUCUUCCAUCCCUCUGCUGGCACAAACUCUGCACGACCCUGAAUUUGGGGAGCUGGUGAGUGCACUCCCAACUCCCAGGGCCCCCCCCCCCCCCCCCCGGUAUCUUCCUCCUGUUCCUGCCUCAUUCUCCCAGCAGCUUUUUCCCCCAGACCCAUUGCUGGAGGUCCCCAGGUUCUGGCAAUAAAGGCCUCAGUGUAGAUCAGUGGCUCUGAGUGAGAGGGGGGCACAUCUAUGGGCUUGGGGACACAGGGGACAGCUGGGGGGUGCAGCUGGACGCUGGCACAGCCAGACACCAGGACAUGUGGCCACAGGAACUCCAUUGGGUCCCCCGAAGCUGCACAGCUGUUGCUUCGCAAUGCUAGUUUUAAGGAAAAAAAGGUUUCCAAGACCUGAGUUGUUCUACUGCCAGGCUGGGAGGGAUCCUCAGGAUCCUUGGGGAUCCAGCAGCCUGGAUGGGGAGGGAUUUUAGGGAAAGGGCCAUGGGAGGGGCUGGGGAGUUUUAAUGAAGGACAAAGAAAAAGAAGACAAACUUAGACAAAAACUUGUUAUUGGACAGAAAACAAGGAAUUCCCAGUGGGAUAAAUGCCAUGGUAGAUUUAGGGACCAUUUGUCUGAGGCAUGGAAAAAACUCCUGGGAUGUACUGGGAUAUGGGGGUGGGAGGGAUCACCCCAAACCUGAGGGAAAUCUCCCCAACCCUCAGAGGCUGCUGCUUCCCUCAUAUUUGUCCUUUGAAAACAAUAAAAUUCCAUAAAACCCGAAUUUCCC